AUGUCUCCUAAAAGUCGGAGCGUAGCACCUUCUCUAGCCGCGGUAGUAGUAGUAGUAGUAGAUACGAUGCUAAGUAGAUCGAUCUUACCUAGCUCUACUCCUUCUACUAUAGUUAUAUCGCUUAAGCUUACUCGUACUAUCCUAGAGCCGUUACUUAUUAUCCUAAGCUCUACGAGUUCUUUUAUAAGGAAUAUUAACUACGUUAAUAAUACUCGUAACGUUACUAAGAAGAAGUCUAUUACUACCCUUAAGGCUCACGGUGCUACUACUACUCCUUCUACUUAUGUUAAAAGAGAGUCUUCUAUUAUUAUUAAGGUUAAGGGUUCUAGUAGUUCUAGUAAGAAGUCUUCGGCCGCUAAGGACGACGACGUUAUCGUUAUCUAUAUUAGUAAGGCUACUCCUAUCGCUAGCCCUUUUACUACCUAG